UAUGUAUAUCUACCUCUCCCCUAUAUAAGUAUCUCUCCUACACACUUUAUUCCGGCGAAUCAAAAUAAGCUAUACUGUUCUAGCUACCCACUUUGGACAAUUCUCCCAAAUUUUCACGUUAAAAAGGAACGACAUCUGUUUCAACAAGGGCCGCAGCAGCCAUGACGGUGUCACCUUCUAUUGCCUCUGCUGCACAGAGUGGCCGAGUCCUCAUUAUCGGCGCCACCGGCUUCAUCGGCAAGUUCGUCGCCGAAGCCAGCCUCGACUCCGGCCUUCCCACUUACGUCCUCGUCCGACCCGGCCCGUCUCGUCCUUCCAAGUCAGACACCAUCAAGUCCCUCAAAGACAGAGGCGCCAUCAUCCUCCAUGGGGUGAUGAGUGAUAAGCCAUUGAUGGAGAAGCUACUGAAAGAGCAUGAGAUCGAGACAGUCAUAUCAGCCGUGGGUGGUGCAACAAUUUUAGACCAGAUCACCCUAGUCGAAGCCAUUACUUCUGUAGGAACGGUCAAGAGGUUUCUGCCGUCGGAGUUCGGGCACGACGUGGACCGGGCCGACCCGGUGGAACCGGGUCUGACCAUGUAUUUGGAGAAGCGCAAGGUGAGGCGUGCGAUUGAGAAGAGUGGGGUCCCUUACACGUACAUUUGUUGCAAUUCUAUUGCUUCUUGGCCCUACUAUGACAACAAGCAUCCUUCCGAGGUUGUUCCACCGUUGGAUCAGUUCCAGAUCUACGGUGAUGGCACGGUUAAAGCCUACUUCGUCGACGGCCCUGAUAUCGGAAAAUUCACAAUGAAGACGGUGGACGACAUCAGAACUAUGAACAAAAAUGUUCACUUUCGACCUUCAAGCAAUUUGUAUGAUAUCAAUGGACUUGCUUCACUGUGGGAGAAGAAAAUUGGUCGCACCCUCCCAAGAGUUACCAUAACUGAGAACGACCUAUUGGCUAUGGCUGCAGAGAACCGUAUACCAGAAAGUAUUGUAGCCUCGUUCACUCAUGAUAUCUUCAUCAAAGGUUGUCAAACCAACUUCCCCGUUGAAGGUCCGAAUGAUGUUGAUAUAGGCACUCUCUACCCUGAAGAGUCUUUUAGGACUUUGGAUGAGUGCUUCAAUGAUUUUCUUGUCAAAGUUGGGGGGAAGCUAGAGACUGAUAAACUUGCCGCCAAGAACACGGCGGCGAUCGGAGUUGAACCUAUGGCAUCACGGCUACUUGUGCCUGAAGAACAUUCCAUAUCCUAAUCACCAAAGACAUUGUCCUGUUACUCCCCAGAAAAGUUAGUUCCACUAUUUGUUUAGCAGUCCCACGUCUACUUCAAAGAGAAUGUGCUAAUUUCAUUAUUUGCCUAUUUGGUAAAAGCAAGGAAGCUGCAUUUUCAUCUGCACAUGAAAAUGAUCCAGCUGUUGUUAUGAUUGUUUGGUUAUUCAAUGUAAUAGUUUGCUCAAUUAUGUGAAAUAAUUGAUGAAUGUUAAUAAUGUUCAUCUCUUCUUAUGAAUUGCGCAAGCUUCAAACUCUAAUAGUCCAAUUUAAUUACCGAAAUUUGCAUAGAUUUUAUGUGUAGCCUAUAAUAAGCAAUAUUCAUACAGUAAUUUACCAGCGAAUAUAUGAGAUCUUCAUCAUGUUGGUGUC